AUGGGGAACGAAGCAAAGAUCUUUACUCUUUCACAAGUCUCAGAGCACAAUCAAGCUCAUGACUGCUGGAUAGUCAUCAAUGGAAAGGUGUAUGAUGUGACCAAGUUUCUUGAAGACCAUCCUGGUGGGGAUGAAGUUCUUUUGUCUUCAACAGGUAAGGAUGCAACGGAUGAUUUUGAGGACGUGGGUCACAGCGAGAGCGCAAGAGAGAUGAUGGAACAGUACUACGUAGGAGAGAUUGACACAACAACAAUCCCAAAGAAAACCAAAUACACUCCUCCUAAACAACCUCACUACAAUCAAGACAAGACCUCUGAGUUCAUAAUCAAGAUCCUCCAGUUCCUUGUACCUCUAGCCAUUCUUGGUUUAGCCGUUGGGAUUCGUAUUUACACAAAGUCAGGGUAG